AUGCAAGCCCCUCACCACCGCAAAAUCGAACUCCAAUCACCCGCCGAUCUCUCAUACCUCUACACAAAUAUCGUCUCCCUCUCCCGCCAAAAGCUAGAUCUCCACUUCCCCCCUUCCGCCUCCGCAGUCGCAGACCCAACCUCCACCCAAAACCACAACCAAGACCCCGACAAUGACCCCCUGAAAUCCCGCGUCCGCACUUUGGUCGACGACUUCAUCUACAAAACCUUCCUAACUGCCGCCCCCUCCAUAAGCAUCAAUGGCCUCUCGCCGGCCGAAUCUUUUAAAAACGGCAGCAGCAGCAGUAAUGCAGAUGGCACGGACGAUGUUGCAGGGCCCAUCUCAUUUCUGCACGCGCAAGAGACAAUAGAGUAUGAACCGUAUGACACGGCGCUGGCGGCGCGAGUGGCGGCUUUGUAUGCGCAGUUGGAAUCGUUGACGACGACGGUGGCGCAGCUGAGGCGUGAUGCGCCGGGGAGGGCGGCGGGGGCGUAUGCUGAGGCGUUGAGGGGGGUUAUGCUGGAGGAUGAUGAGGAUUGGGGUGAGGAGGAAGGAGGGGAAGGGGAGGAGCAAGGGGAUGUGAGUAUGCUGGAUGUUGGAGAGGGAGAGGGAGGGGAAGGGGGUGAUACGGCACAGGUACGAUGUCAACGACGAAGGCGCAGAGAGGGUCACAGCAAGCAGGAUUUCACGUUGCAUGUUCCAUUUGGAAGUACAGAGGGGGCGAGGAGGAGGUGGAUUGAAGGGGGGGUGGAGGAGGUGUAUGCAAACGUAUUGAAGACGUUGGUGAGGUUGCAGGAUGGGGAUGCAGAUGUACAGGCAGGCGGGGAUGAAGUUGAGGGCGAUAGUGGACUUGCAGCGACGGUGGGCAAGGUAGAGAGGGCAAGGAGGGCGGCGGAGGUAGUGGAGCAUUUAUGA